AUGGCAACCAAUUGUAAUCCAUCAUUUGGAGGGCUCUCGGAAAACACUCGUUUGUUCCUCUCAAAUGGGACCUUGAUUGAUAUAACAAAGCUAAAAUCCGGUGAUCGCCUGCUAUCCGCAGAAGGUAAAGCUUCAGAAGUCGAGCGUGUUGUGCAGUUUACCGGCAAUUUAGUCAAGUUUACGCAGACGUUUUCACACGUCACCACUGGAUUCGAACCAGGAUACAUCCCCUAUGGUGUGGUGAGUUUUACUGUAUCCGAUACUCAAGUGUUGGUAUUUAGAACGUUGCAAAGAUUGAAGGUGAUGAGAGUUAAGGAGAAAAGGGUCUUUGAGAUAACAGAGCUGAGAAAACAGCUACGGGAAGCCGUUGGCAUGUUAAUGCUUCCCGUGACGGGUUCACGCACAUUUCUUAGCUCUUCCACCAUCAGAGAAGCAAAAGAUUAUGUCAAGAGGAAAACAGCUGCGUCCGAUGAUGGUUACAUUACGUGGAAUUGUGUCGCCAAAAACAUUGCGCAACUGAGCAAAGAAUUGAGAGUCUCCACUAAAGUGCUACUAAGUCCAAUGAAUUUGGAGAUCCCGGUUUUGAAGCCUUGGAUGGACAAAUGGUAUGGGGAAGAUGUGACAUCUGACAAAGUAGAUGCCUUGGCUUGGUUAUUUGGGUUUUGGAUUGGAAAUGGCUAUAGGAAAGGUGCAAUAUUUGGGUUGCAUUCAGAAGGUCAUGAUGUCAAUGAUUAUCUUCGUAAUUGUGCGGGAAAGCUAGGAAUGAUAUGUAAAUUCAAAAAGAGGGGAGAGGACGGAUUUAGAGCAGAGGCCACUCUGCUCAUGCCGGAUGGUAGCCGGGAUAGGAACAGUCCACUGACAAACGCUCUUGAGGAACUCAGAUUUUAUCUGCACGGUAAGAAAGGCGACCCGAAAAGUGUACCAAAGUUUCUAGGAUUCGAAGCAAGAUCCGUCAGAGAGUAUUUCAUGGCAGGUCUUAUUGACUCCGAUGGAUCCACCAAGUAUCAACAAGGAACUGUUAGAGCAUGUAUCAAGACAACGCAUCAGCCAAUAAGAGACGGCAUUCUUCUCGUCUGGCGCUCGCUGGGAUUAAACCUCACUGUCUCUUUCGAACCCGAACAAAUGCGACGAGAUGUUCAUCAAAAUGAUACUUGGAUUUUCGAUCUGUUUGAGGGUGCCAAUAAACCAGUGUUCUGGUCUAUUCUCGAAAAAUGUUCCUGCGAGAGAAAACGGAACCCUCAGAAGGAUAAAGACUACAGGCCUCUACUGUGCCCACCAGUCAAGCCCAAUGCAACUGAUGUGGAUCCGUUAAAUUUUAUGUCAAUUUCCUUCGAGACAAGUAACAGUGGAUCUGGAAAAUUAUACUCAAUUCAACUCAAAGAUCCUUCCAGCACAUUUAUCACUGAGGAUCAGUUGAUCUGCGCCGGUAGUUGCUCAGGUAGCGUACAUCAUAAAGAAUCAACGAUAACCAGGGAUGAGGGCUUCUUCGCUCGCGACGAUAAUUUUUGUAACUGUUGCGCACGAGCAAGACAUGGAAGGUUUGAAGAGCUCCCUUGGGAUGGUAGCAAACUAUGGUGCGACAACUGCUGCAAACGCUAUGAGGUAUCCGCAAUGAUCUGCGUGAACGAAAAGUGCAUGGAAAUCCCAUCCAAAGAGCAGGCUGCUAAAAUGAGAAGGGAGAAUAGACUCCGCUGCCUAUCGUGUAAAUCACAGCUAAGAGAUGACAGCGCCAGUAAUAAAAAAAGGUCAAUGAUCCCCGGAUUUUGCGCCAGUUGUGGUACUACAGAAGCCAGUUCAUGGCGCAAAUUGGGUUGGAACAAGAACGAUAAGAAGCGGCUCUGCAAGAAUUGCCAUUUCGAAUGUACCAAGAGCAAGAGAUACUGUGCUAGUUGUGCCAGGAUUAUUACCAGGGUCGAAGAACCUGAGCUAUUGAAAAAGUACUCCAAAUCACAGAAUCAUCCCGAUGCGUUCAUUCCUUGUCCCCGUUGCGAGGAACCCACCAACGUCAUGAUGUUUGGUGCCUAG